AUGGCUACGCCAAAUCAAGAGACCGUUGAUACUUUUAUUAGUAUAACUGGUGUUUCUGAACCGGUGGCACUGCAAAAACUACAGGAGCAUGGUGGUAGUCUUAAUGAAGCUGUAAAUGCAUUUUUUAGCGAAGGAGACAGAAAUUCGAUGACCAGCUCUGCCUCAUUUCCUCAAGGGGAUUUCAUGGACAUAGAUGAUGAUCCACGUGAUGAUGAAAUUCUUAGACCUCCAUCUCUUCUAUCUGCAGCCAGAAAUCUCCAUCCAUUUUCUCUUCUUGAUCCUACACUUGGUAGAAGUAUAUUUGAUACUCAUCUCGGUUCAACAAACCAGAGGCCAUUUGUUACACAUCCAAGAGAGGUAAGGGAGAUUCCAAUAGAGGUUAAGGAUGGUAGUCAGUCCACUCCUCAAGCUGGCCACACUCCAAUCGUUGAAGAUGUCACUGGAACUGUUCAUGCCCAAGAUAGUAGCAAUGACAUAGAAGAAGCAAUGAUUCGUGCAGCCAUUGAGGCAUCCAAACGGGAGGCUGAGGAAAAUUACACCAAUCACGAACUUGGCAGACAAGUUGACUUAAGUGAAUCUGGGCCUAACCCAAGGCAAACAUUUGUGGAGGAUCCUGAGCUUGCCCAUGCAGUUUCAUUGUCCCUGAAGACAGCAGAACAAGAAAAAGCACGGCGUGUACAAGAAGGUGAUGUUGGAGCACCUUCAGCAGGACCAUCUAAGGCACCAGCGGUUGAAUUAGGGGAAGUAUCUUCGAAUGGGAGAUUGCAGGCAGGAAGCUUAUCCUUUAAAGAUGAAGAUGAAGAUGUAGAUGUAGAGGAGAUGCCUUUGGUUAGGCACAGGUCUAGAAAUGUGUCGCUCGGCUCCACAGGACCCGGCAAAGAUGUUGACGUUAUCGAGUCUAGCACACUGCCUAGCACAACACGUCAGGAAAGCAGCAGUCCUCCUCCGCAAAAUGAUGUUUCCUUUCCCUCUGAUGAAUGGGGUGGCAUUUCUUCAGUGGAACAUGAUGAAGCAGUAAUGCUUGAGGCUGCAAUGUUUGGUGGAAUCCCGGAAGGAAGUGGUUAUCGCCAUGCUUAUGCACCACAUGAGUUCAUGCAGAAUAGGGGUUUCAAUCCUCAGCCCGCACCUCUUGCUUAUCGCCCACCUUCACCAUCAUUGGAGACUCAACGCUUGAUAAGGGAACAACAGGAUGAUGAAUACCUUGCAUCAUUACAAGCAGACAGAGAAAAAGAGUUGAAAGCCAUAGAGGAAGCCGAGGCUGCUCGCGAAGAGGAAAGACGGAAGGCAGAAGAAUCUCAAAGGAAGUUGCAGGAAGAGCAGGAAUUAGAAACACAGCUAGCUGCCAAAGAAGUCUCUCUACCACCAGAGCCAGCCUCAGGUGAUGAUAAUGCUGUAAACCUGCUGGUAAAAAUGCCAGAUGGCAGCCGUCGGGGACGCCGAUUCCUAAGAUCGGAUAAGCUCCAGUCUCUUUUCGACUUCAUCGAUAUUGGUAGACAAGUUAAACCAAGCAGUUACAGAUUGGUGAGACCAUAUCCUAGGCGUGCCUUUGGUGUUGGAGAAAGUGCUGUGACACUGGAAGAGGUUGGCCUAACCAACAAGCAAGAAGCUCUGUUUUUGGAGUUAGUCUGA